UUUGAUUGGUUGGAUAGUAAUUUUCCAAGGAUUUUGUAGGAAGUGAAUAUGUGGAACAGUGGAAGGGCAGAAAGGGCAACUCCACCACCAGCCACCAGCGCCGCCGCCUCUUCUCUCCCCCUUUCUCCACCAGCACCACCCAUCGCCACCGCUCCCAGCCUCGUCUCCCUCAGCCACGCUAGGCGUCGCUCACUGUCGCCCUGAAGCCGCCGCCUUCCACCGACGCCUCCCCUCUUCACCUCCGCGCCGUCGCUCCUUCUCUCUUGCCCUGAAUUCCAGCGCCGCCGCCUUCGUCCGACCGCCGGCGAAAAUCCUCAGCCACAAUUACAGGCCAAUUUGAGUGUUGAUUCUAUCUCCUAUCUUCUUCAUCAAUCGAUCGUGAGUGCCCAUGGCAAAGAGAUGUAAUAAAUUAUCUCAUGCUAUUCAAUCUAAGUAGGAAUCCUUCCAAUCAUUUGUGAUGCAUUGUCGAAAAAAGUUCGCAUCUUCUUGUUCAUCCUGCUGCUGCUGACGCCAGUUGUUCAGAUCUGUAGGUACCGGCAACAAACCUUGAUUUUGAAUGUUUCGUCGAGGACAUGGGGCUUCCCCGACGCCUUGAGGUAUGGAAAAUGGGCAUCGUCAAUUACUCUGAAGCACUCAAGUUGCAGGAGAAGCUCUCUUCCGACAGAAAGACAAACCAGAUUGCUGACACUCUAUUGUCACUACAACAUCCACCUACAUACACCCUGGGAAAAAGGCGAACGGAUCACAACAUAUUGGUCCCCGAGUCGAAACUCAAGUCCAUUGGGGCGACGCUUCACUACACACAAAGAGGAGGCGACGUCACGUUCCACGGUCCUCGCCAGGCCAUUCUGUAUCCCAUAAUUUCUCUACGUGAAUUAGGCUUAGGAGCUAGAAAGUAUGUCGAGAAGCUUGAACUAACCAUGAUUGACUUGGCAUCCUUGUAUGGUGUCAAAGCUCGUGCAGGUCAAACGGGAGAAACCGGCGUCUGGGUUGGUCAGAGAAAGAUCGGGGCCAUUGGGGUUCGGAUAUCCUCCGGGAUCACGUCCCACGGGCUCGCGUUUAACGUCGACCCGGAUUUGAACUACUUCAAGUACAUUGUGCCUUGUGGGAUUGUUGAUAAGGAAGUCACUUCUUUGCAAAGGGAGACGCUGCAGGUACUUCCUUCUGAUGAGGUUGUUCAUGAUCAUUUGAUUUCUUGCUUUGUUAGAACUUUUGGUUAUGCUGAUGUUGUUUGGAAAAAUGUUGAUAGUUUGCCUUGAUUGGGUUAUGAAUUGAAUUUUUACUUGAGAAUUGGGAGGUUAAAUCAUAUCCUUCUGUCCUAUAAAU